CUGCAACCUUCUUUGAUAUGCUUGAUCUAGUUCAGCUUUUCGUCACCACAAUAUUUCAACUUUGGCAACACUAAGUCUAAAUUCUUGCUCGCGUGGUAAAUUCAGGGCUCUGAGGGUCUGUCCACCAUCAUAAUUUUUAUUUAAUAAAAAUGACGGGUUUCACUGAAAAACCCAUUAUAAUCGAUGGUAAAGGCCAUCUUCUUGGUAGAUUAGCUGCCUUAACUGCUAAAACUCUGCUUAACGGUCAAAGUGUGGUUAUUGUUAGGUGUGAAGGAAUAAAUAUUUCCGGAAGUUUCUUUAGAAGUAAAUUGAAAUAUCUUUCAUUCUUGCGUAAAAGAUGUAAUAUCAAACCAUCAAGAGGACCUUUCCAUUAUCGUGCUCCUGGCAAAAUAUUCUGGAGAACAGUUAGGGGUAUGGUACCCCACAAAACAAAGCGAGGUGAUGCAGCAUUGGAACGUUUGAAGGUAUUUGAAGGCAUCCCACCACCAUAUGACAAAAAGAAAAGAAUGGUCGUUCCAUCUGCUUUAAGAGUACUCAAAUUGCACCCAAGAAGAAAAUACUGCAGUUUAAGCCGCCUAUCCCAUGAAGUUGGCUGGAAAUACCAAACUGUUAUAGAGACACUAGAAGCUAAAAGAAAAGCUAAAUCUGCUGCAUACUAUGGAAAAAAGAGGAGGGAUGAGAAACUGAGGAAAGUUGCAAUGGAAAAAGUAGCUAAAACCAUUGAACCACAAAAACAAAUUCUUCGAUCCUAUGGCUACAAUGUAUAGUAAAGAUUUUUUCAUUAAAGUUGAAAUUUGAAUGUG